AAAAUCCAUAAUCAAUAAAAAUAAAGCCCUUCAAAUCCAAAACACAUCAAAAUCAUCUUAUCUCUUUCUUCACACGUCCUCCUUUUUCCUUUCUUAGCCCAAAAUUUAUUAACUCAAAAACAUCUUCCACCAUUAAAGACCUCCACUGAGCUCAGCAGCACAGACCCACAACGACAAAAUACUCAAAUAAAACAAUGGUGUUUUCUCUGUUAUCAUCCUCGCCCCAUUUUUAUUUCCCAAGAAAACCCACAAACCUCAUCCUCCCAAUUCGAUGUUCUGCUGCUUAUUCUGCUGCUUCUUCUUCUUCUUCUUCUUCGUCUCCUUCUCCUCCGGUUUCGACCACCACAUCGGGGUCUUCGGUUCAGUUCGAUUUGAAAACCUAUUGGACCACCCUGAUUGCGGAGAUCAAUCAGAAGCUCGACGAAGCGAUCCCGAUUCGGUAUCCUGAGCGGAUCUAUGAGGCCAUGCGGUAUUCUGUCCUCGACGUGGGAGCCAAGCGUGCCCCGCCGGUCAUGUGCGUCGCUGCUUGCGAGCUUUUUGGAGGAAACCGCCUAGCCGCUUUCCCAACCGCAUGUGCACUCGAAAUGGUACAUGCAGCUUCAUUGAUACAUGAUGAUCUUCCCUGUAUGGACGAUGACCCUUCUCGCCGUGGCAAGCCCUCCAACCACACAAUCUUCGGUGUUGACAUGGCCAUUCUUGCCGGUGACGCACUCUUCCCAUUGGGAUUUCGCCACAUUGUCUCUCACACACCUUCCGACUUAGUGCCAGAGCCGCGCCUUCUCCGUGUAAUCGCUGAGAUUGCUCGUGCAGUUGGCUCAACUGGGAUGGCUGCAGGACAGUUUCUUGACCUGGAAGGCGGCCCCAACUCCAUCGAAUACGUGCAAGAAAAGAAGUUUGGAGAAAUGGGUGAAUUGUCCGCAGUUUGUGGAGGACUACUAGCCGGAGCUGAAGACGAUGAGGUAGAGAGGUUGAGGAGGUAUGGUAGAGCUGUUGGGGUAUUGUAUCAAGUGGUUGAUGAUAUUAUUGAAGAGAAGUCAAAGAGGGAAGAAGAUAGUGAGAGGAAGGGAAAGGGGAAGAACUAUGCAAGAUUGUAUGGGAUUGAGAAGGCAAUGAAGGUAGCAGAGGAGCUUAGAACAAAGGCUAAGAAGGAAUUGGAUGGGUUUGAGGAGUAUGGAGAAACUGCUGUACCACUUUAUAGCUUUGUGGAUUAUGCUGUUGAUAGAGGUUUCAGUGUUGCAAAAUCCAGUUGAUGAAAAAGAGAAAUUUCGAUCAGACUUUGGUAUAAAGCAUUAUAAGAAUGAAGAACAAGUAAGAUCAUUCUUAACUCAUUAUAGAAAAGGCCAACCCUUAAGCCUUAAGUCCUAGUGUUUGUAUUUUCCUCUAAGAUAUAAUUCUAUUUCCCACCAGAAAGAAAGUGAAAAAGAUUAAAAAAAAAAAAAAAAAAAAAAAAAAAAAAAAAAAGGCACCACUUUCCUGUAGAAAUGUGGGAUAUAUGCAAAUUGGGAUUGAGCUUGUUCGAUAUGAAAAGCAAAAUGAAAGAACAAAAUGUUCUAGAUGUGGUAGAAGAAAAUUGAUAAUAGAAGCAGCAAAUUGAAUACCAACAAAUUCUCACUGCUCUUUUGUAUUCUAAUUUUUGUAACGGGCUUGGGUUGUUCGCUUAAUUUACUUUCCUCUGCAUCUAACUUGAAGUCUAUUAUUAGGGGAAAAAAUUAAAUGAAAGAAUUUGUCACUAUCUGGCAAAAAAUAUAUAUAAUAAAAAUUAAGAACAAAAUAAAUAUGUUAUUGUAGUUUUUAACUUUCCA